AUGAGCGACGCGGCGUCGACGGAGUCGUACGUCUCGUCGCCGUCGUCGUCCUCGUCCCAGCCCGCGGAUCAGCCCGAUCCGCCGCGAGUCGACGCGACGGGCGCCGACGCGACGACGACGUCCCCCGGCGCGAUGCCCUCGCCCUCGCCGCCGCCGCGCACGAUCGACGACGUCGCGCGCGAAGACGCCGCGUGGCGCCUGUCCGCGGCGGCGAGACCGCACGUGCGCGCGGACGACGCCGUCGAGGGCGCCGCGCUGCGCGCGCUGCUCUCCGACUACGAGACGUGCGUUCGAUGCGAGGCGGUCGCGGGCGCCGCGCGCUGGCGCGCGUGCGACGCCGCGCGCGCGGCCAUCACGGCGGAGGAGACGGACGACGAGGAGACCGGAUUCAGGGUCGCCGCGGUGAUGGACGCGCUGGACGCGCCGCACCUGCGGCCGACGGGGAUGAGGGCGCGGUUGGAGAAGGGCGUGGACGCGACGUGCCACGGCGUCGUGACGCUCCUGAGUAAUCUAUCGUCGAUGAAGCGGCACAACUGA